AUGAGCACCAAGUCGCGCUCAGGUUACACUGCAGCCCAGAUCCACCAAUACUACGACCGCAUCCGUCUUCCUGAAAAGUACCGCCAUGAACCCGGCCAUGCCAGCACAAAGAUCGCCUCUCAAACUUCGACUGGCCUCGAGUUUCUGAGUGCCCUCCAACGCUACAAUCUCGCCAGCAUCCCGUUCGAGAAUCUAGAUCUACACUAUAGCUCCCAUCAUAGUAUAAGCAUCGAUGCUCAAGAAAUAUUCGACAAGAUCGUUGGGGGAGGGAUAAAGAAGGGACGAGGUGGAUACUGCAUGGUCAACAAUGCUCUAUUCGCCAAUGUCCUCCGCGGUCUCGGGCUCCACGUUACCAGCCACGGUGCCCGUAUUAGCAGCUCCGUGAGCGCAGCAAAGGGCAUCCCUCUCGACCAAGUCAGCUUUUCAGGCUUCAGCCAUAUGAUCAAUCUCGUCUCUUUCCCCGACAAUCCAGCCCUGAAAUACCACGUCGAUGUUGGGUUCGGCUCUGGAGGACCUACAUUUCCUGUCCCUCUCCAACACGACGAAGAAGGAAAACUAAACAUAGCACCAAACCAAUGGACCAGACUGAUCCACUCAGCCAUCCCUGGCACAGCCUCUGAUCAAAAAUUCUGGAUCUAUGAAAAGCGCAAUGGCGAUCAGAAUUGGUCUCCUUGCUAUUGUUUCCCAGAGACCGAGUUUCUCGAGUCGGAUUUCAAAGUCAUGAAUUACUGGACUAGCACUUGUAAGGAUUCAUGGUUUACUCAAAUGCCUGUUUGUCUCAAGAUGCUUUUGGAUGAGAGUGGUGACAAGAUUGUGGGCCAUAUGCAUGUUCUCAAGACCGACUUCAAGAAACGUGUUGGUGAAGAGGCGUUGAUCAGUAGAGAGUUGAAGUCGGAGGACGAGAGAAUAAAAGUUAUCGAAGAAGAGUUUGGCAUCCCACUGGAUGAAGAGGAGAGAAAGGGUAUACACGGCAUGGUCUCUGAAAUAGCAUAG